CCUUUCUAUAUGUUUCAGUUAGAUGUUAGAUGAUGGAUUGAGAGUGCACAUUGUAACACAGUACGUGUUACACAAAAAUCCAAAGAAGCUGGAAAUUAUUGCAAAGAGACAGAAAGAAAUGCUGGAGGCCUUACAGAUCAACCUAGAUCAUCCACAUGUCGCAAAGGUUCAUGUGUUAUGCAAAGACAACAGUGACAUGCAAAACGUUGUGCACUCUAAGCUUAACAAUAGCGACAAACUGCUCUUUCAACACAUUGGUCACGAUCUUUGCUUCUCCGACGUCUUUCGGUAUAUCGGUGAAAAUCUUCUGGGAGAAACAGCGAUGCAACUAAAUAUAGACUGUUUCUUAGAGCAGGGUUGGCACCAAUUGAACAACACACUUCUACAAGACAAGACGAUGUACGCCCUAACAAGACACGAGACGGACUACAGCAUCAAGCACUGCAACGCCACAGAAUUCUGCCCUAACGAUAGAACCGCUUCCAUAGGAAGCCGUGACGCAUUUAUUGUUAAUCUCAUCUCUCCUCUUCCGGAAGAAAUGCUUAAACAAAUGGAAAUACUAUAGCUGCCCUAUUACGGAAUCGAGCAAACACUUAUUUCUCUGUUUCGCAAAUAUGGGUUUAAGGUGAAGAAUCCUUGCCGUAUUUUGCGCAGUUUUCACCAUCACUGCAGCCAAUAUAGAGAUAUGGAGCAGAAGUAGAUAAAAGGGAAGAGAAUUGACAAUUUCCUUGGCAUUGGUGGGAGUAGUGGGUUAGUUUACAAUACAGGUCUUUGAUGUUUAAAGAAAACAAAGUGAGUGUAAGUCGAAUAAACUAAUGUCACGCGAGAAA